AUGGGUGAUUCCAUGCAUGAGCUGGAAGAAGGAGAUACAUCAUGCAUGUAUUCAGACAGCACCAGCCCCCUACAGAGAUUGGUCCCACAACCCAAGAUAAAAGUUCCUUCCAAAUCAGAUGGUCCACACAGCAACUGUACUUCUUCAAGAGUUAUCAAUCCACUUGAUUGGGCUGAUCAUUACAUCCAAGAUUCAAAACAGAUGACAUUUUCCAGGUUUUCUAACUAUCGUGAUUCGGGUAGUUCUUUGAUUCGUCUGUGUCGCAGAUUCAAUGUACAGAGGUCUUGCGGGAUGUCAAGGACAGUUGCAGCUAUAGCCGGAGGCACCAUAGGGGCUUUAGCAUUGUUGGGAUUAGCUAUUGGAUUUGUGUGGUUCUGCAUGUUACAGUGUAGAAAGCUCUCAAACAAGAAUUCAGAUACAGGUUCUUCAGAUCCAUCUGCAGCAGUGGAGUUGAAAAGAGGAGGCCGGCCCAGUUCAUCUGUGGCCCCACCUCUGUUUGGACCACAUGGAGCAAGGAAAUUCUCCAUAGAAGAGCUGGUGCAAGCUACCAAGUAUUUCGAUCAAAGCAAUCUCAUUGGAUAUGGAAGUUUUGGUUUGGUUUAUAAAGGAUUGCUUUCUGAUGGCACUGUUGUGGCUAUCAAAAGGCGUACUGGUGUCCCUCGACACGAAUUUGGUGACGAGGUAGUCUACUUGUCAGGGAUUUGGCACCGCAACCUAGUUACUCUUCUAGGUUACUGCCAGGACAGUGGAUACCAAAUGUUAGUUUUUGAAUACUUACCAAACGGCAGCAUGUGCAAGCAUUUGUAUGAUACAGGAAAAGAUUCAAAGACGAAACUAGAGUUCAAGCAAAGGUUAUCCAUAGCUAUUGGGGCAGCUAAAGGUUUAUGCCAUUUGCAUAGUCAACACCCUCCCAUAGUACACAGCAACUUUAAAACAGCUAAUGUUUUGGUUGAUGAGAACUUCAUUGCUAAGGUUGCAGAUGCUGGGGUUUCAAAACUAUUGAAACAAAUUGAAGAGGCAGGUCCAUCUCAAUCAACCAGUAUCAAUGUUUUCAAAGAUCCAGAGGUAGGUCAAACGGGGAUAUUCUCUGAAAUGAAUGAUGUGUACAGCUUUGGGGUUUUUAUUUUGGAGCUCAUAACUGGAAGAAAGGCUUCAGAUAUAGACUCCUUUGGAUCAGAUGAAAAUAUACUUCACUGGGUUGAAACACAUUUGAGUUCAAAUAACUUAGUGGACAAUCGAUUAGUUGGGAGCUUUACUGAAGAGGCGAUGGAAGAUUUUAUCAGGCUGAUGCUACGAUGCACGAGGUUUCCAGGAAGAGGGAGACCAAACAUGGAAAUGAUCACCAUAGAGCUUGAUCGGAUACUUGAAAAAGAGAUCAUGCUCACAACAGUCAUGGGCGAAGGAGGUACUGCAACCGUUACACUGGGAAGCCAAUUGUUUGCAUAA